UUCUGAUUUUCUAUGGGCACAAAGUCCUCACAAUUUGUCAACCAACAUAACAUGUGCCUCUUUUUCCUUUUGUUCAUUCGGACAAAGAAGCUGUAAUAAUUUAAGUACGAGUACGAGUAUUAUUCUGUGGGUUUGGGAGGGAGAAAAACAUGCAAACCCUUAUCGGUUUGGGGGCCUCGCCGUUUGUUCACAAAUUCACACACUAUCCAAAUCCAAAUCCCAAACUCUAUUCUAUCUCUAGAGUUCCCAAGUUCACAACAUAUUGCAGCAGUAAGAGAAAGCAAGGCAGACCAACACUCACUAAAACUUGGCCGCUGAUAUCUCUCUCUCUUUUCGGUUCGGGUUUCUUUUUGGGUCCUCUUAUUGAUGGAAUUCAUUCAAGGGUUAAUCUCGUGGUAUAUCAAAAUGGGUCGGUUGAUAUUGGUCCGCUUCACACAAACAUCUGGGUUCCUCCUUUGCUUGGAUUGUUCUACUGUACUGUUGGGUUGAUACAACUCUUCUUGGAUGAGAAGCUUUUUCCCAACCCAACAGAGGGGGAUUUGGGGAAAACUCUGGCCUCUCUACUCGCACUGGUAAUAUUCAUUGAAGUGAGUGCUGAAAUGUACAAAGAUGGAGUAGCAGACAACAUUGAAGCCUACAUAUUAUUUGCCGGAGCUGAGUUCAUUUGGUUUUUCCUGGAUAAGACCCGUCUGGGAUUUGCUCUGGCUUCCAUUGUAGGCCUUGUUUGCCCAUUGGCUGAGAUUCCUAUUAUGAAAUUGUUCCACCUGUGGUACUAUCCCCAAGCAAAUGUUGAACUCUUUGGGCAGGGGUUAAUAACUUGGACACUCACUUGUUAUUUUGUUUAUACGCCAUUCUUGAUUAAUUUAUCCCGUUGGCUGAAAGCAUUCAUUGGUACUGGAGAUGCAAAGGAAGACUCUGUCUAGAUCAUUAACUUGGGGUUGACACCUCUCAAAUUGUAUAGAGUCUAUUGUAGUUGAUUGUAGAACAACAAUACCCAUGAAAAGAGAAGGUAUCUUUUUGUUGGUUUGGUGCUGAUUCA